ACUUGGUCCGUACUUGCUCCUCGCCGCACACAAUGUCCGCCUAGGUCGCGUCCUCCCCUACCCAUAGUUCUCUUCUUCCGUAGCCUGGCCAAUCACGUUAAACGAGAAUGGUUGACAAGCUCGUACGCACCUCCAAGCACGGCUCCUUACUCUUCGAACCAGAAAUUGUCGACCCACUAGCCCACCCAACCACGCAUAUGUCAUCUGAAUCUUCAAACUUACUUCAACUGGCGCGUUCCAAAUUGCAUCUGUCCGUCGGUAGCAAGGACAACUGCAGUUUGCAUCGCUGGGUCCUACUCAAAAACUUCAUUAUACAAUCGCCUUCUCCGACUUCAAGCACGGCCUCGAAUAACCUGUCUGACCCACAUUUGACACCCACCUAUCCUAUCGAAGACGACGACGACGAAGAUGACGAUGCCGAAGAGGACUUGGACUUUGACUCUUUCAUGUUUCCGGAUGGUGGCCAGCUCGUUACUGGCCAAACACCGGACGUGAAAUCCUCGGAAGCACAGUGGCUCGAUUCUUUGCUAGAAACCCUAGGUGAUGAUGACGAGGACGAAUUUGGCGUUGAUUCAGACACCAAUAUCUCACCCUUGCCGACUGAAGAUGAUGACGACCAACUUUUCAGUCCCACGGCAUCACCCAUGUCCUCGUCAGACGACCUCCCCAACCAGCCUACUUAUUAUCUCCCACCCAUUCCUGUAUCAUAUCCUGUGCCAUAUCCACCGUUCCAUCCUCCUCUCGUUCACAACCAUGAUUUUGACUCCACGUUUGAUUCCCCUCUUUCCUCCCUUCCUCCACCUUUUGAAAAUUCUCUCCCCUAUCGCUAUAUGGACGACAUAGAAGACUUAACUGUGCCUGACGCUAUAGAAGAUACGUCAGACGACGAGUCCGACACACCACCCACACCCUUGCUUGGAAGGUCAAGUUCGUCACUGUCUCCGAUAGACGCAGCCUCGAUCCCCCUGCCUACAGAACGCAGUAGACUUCGCUACAACGUCCCUCAUGUAUAUGUUGACUCGCACGACUCGUACUUUUCCCACUUUGAGCUUGACCCACUUCCCUUUCCCGACGAGCAUCACCCAUCUUAUAAUCAUUUUCAAGAGUGUUAGUCGGUACAACAUCCCUAUAUUGCUUAUAUCUCUAUUUUAUUCAUCACAACCCUUACCCCCCCCCCCUAUGUAUCGUCCAUCCCGUCACAAUUAUUUUGGUGUGAACCCUU